AUGAUUUUCUCAUCCCCCUUCCCGUCUCUUGAAAUCCCACAGAGCAAUAUUCUAUCCUAUCUAUUCCCGCGUUCUGAACCCGUGUCCGACGAACCGCUUUGGCACGAUGCAAAGGACGACAAGCAGAAUCUCUCGGCACGAGGAGCGCUGCAAUGGGUCAAGAGGUUGUCACUGGGGUUGGAGAGACUGGGUGUAGAGAGGGGAGAAGUGGUCAUGAUUUACACCCCAAAUCACAUCUUUGUUCCAGUGGCAUACCUCGGCAUUGUCGGUGCAGGUUAUGUCUUCAGCGGUGCCAACCCGGCCUAUACUGUACCAGAGGUUGCGCAUCAGAUUGUAAAUACGGGAGCCAAGGUCAUACUUGUCCAUCCAAAACACGUCGAAACAGCAAAAGCCGCAGCCGAAAAGGCCCAGUUCCCCAGCUCCCGUAUUUUCCAAUUCUCUGACUUUCCGAAUCCCUCUUAUCAUGGAAUCUCCGACUGGCGGUCUUUUAUUGCCAAUGAAUCAGAUGGCGACGCCUAUCAGUGGCCUGAAAUGAGCCCUGCAGAGUCUCAGACAGCCGUAGCUACAGUCAACUACAGCUCCGGUACUACAGGCCUGCCAAAGGGCGUUUGUGUUUCUCAUGCAAAUCUUAUCGCCAAUGCCGAGCAGACUAUAUUCAUCAGAUAUGCCAAGAAGCCGUAUUCCUUUGACAAAAGACCCCAAGAGCGAUGGAUAGGCUUUCUGCCACUAUACCAUGCGUAUGGGCAGCUCUACACCAUGCUCAUGUGCGUAAAGCUGCGAGUCCCCAUAUACAUCAUGACUGAAUUCCGCUACGAGGAGUUUCUGUUCAACAUUGGGCGGUAUCGCAUCACAAGCUUACAGGUUGCGCCGCCCAUCCUCGUCAUGCUGUCAAAGCGCCCCGAGACGGCCCGCUACGACCUCAGCAGCUUGAAAGACUGCAUGUGCGGAGCUGCUCCGCUGUCGAAAGAGCUCCAAAACGAUUGCCAGCGCAGGUUCCGCAUGCAGAUCAAUCAGGGCUGGGGCAUGACCGAGGUGACGUGUGGUGCUCUCCAUGUUCCCGGGGGCGUCUUGGACGACUCGGGGAGUGUUGGUUGUCUAGACCCAAACUGCGAAGCGAGACUCAUUGACGACGAAGGCAACGAGGUUGGUGUAAAUGAGCCCGGGGAGCUGCUCGUGAGAGGCCCCAACAUUAUGCUUCGCUAUUGGAAGAACGAGGCAGCCACCAAGGACUCCAUAGAUGGAGAUGGGUGGCUCAAAACCGGAGAUGUUGCCGUAUGCAACCAGGAUGGCUUCUUUUGGAUUGUAGACAGAAAGAAAGAACUCAUCAAGGUUAACGCACUGCAAGUUGCUCCAGCUGAGCUAGAGGGCGUACUUCUCGAGAAUGAACACAUUGCAGAUGCCGCUGCUGUUGGAAUCACACUGCACGGGGAGGAACGUCCACGGGCCUAUGUAGCGAUACACAGCACAUCAAAGGGCAAGGUCGAACCAGCCGACAUUCAGGAAUGGAUAAAGCCGAGGGUGGCAAAGCACAAGUUUCUGACAGGCGGUGUCGUCUUUGUAGAUGAGGUGCCGAAACUUGCCAGCGGCAAGAUCCAGAGAAAGGUGAUGCGCGAGUGGGCCAAGAGAGAUGCUGCAGAACUUGAAAGGGCUAGUCGACCCAGGCUAUAA